GAUAAAAAGGACGUCAACAUAUCUUCGUCCAUCCCACUUCGGAAGUUCGGAUCGGAAGCUAAGUCUAAGAAGGUGACAAAUUUGCUCAUAUGAGAGGUUAAAAGUAAUGUUAAUAUGGUGAUAUGAUCAGUUGAAUGAAAGAUUUCUACAUGGUGUGAAGCCAGGUGACACAAGUUGAUAAGCAACAUGACAGCAAAUCUUCCAGUCAAGUUGAAAUGGAUGGAGCAUAUGAAUGCUUCGUGGGUGGCAGAGGACUGGGCUAGAAUAGCCAGCCGAGAUGGAGUUAUGGAACUUUACUCUCGCCUCAUCACAAACAAAGAGAUCAUUGGUGCUCCCCGUCACACCCUCCACCUACAGGGUCCUCAGCUGCCUGAUUUUGAGCGUGAGUUGCCUUCCACGGAGGAGCAGGAGCAUUUCUUAGAACUCCUUCUUGGCACACAACUGGGUCUAGCAAGGUCUGUCUGCACUGAUUCUCCAUUCUCUACCACACUGCGGAAACGCCUCCUGGUCCUGCGAAGGAUAUUUCACUCUGUUUCUAGCAAAUAUCAUGAUUGUGAGAAAGUAAAACAGCAGCAGAAGCUGCAGCAGGCUCAGUCAAGAACAGUUGAAGAGAAAUCAUGUGGACAGUGGGCACGUUUUGGCACAGAUGCACUGAUUGAGAUGGGCGUCAGGACCAGCCUUACACUCCUCUUUGCGCUCCUUCGUCAGAAUUGGAUGCAGCCACCUUCGACUGGGGCACCACACCUUUGCAACGACGUGCUGCUCACAGCGAAAGAUGUGGUCAUCUCAUUACCCCCUCUCUCGCUUGCGAACGAGAGCAAGAUUCCGCCCCUUGGUACAGAAUGCUUGAAGCAGGUGACCUCAUUUCUGAAAUCGGUCACCAUGCCGACGUCAGGUGCAGACCUGAUGGGGAAGAGAGUGGCUUGUGAGUUAGUUUUAGGACUGGCCAGUCAGAGGGGAUCUUUACAGCAUCUCUUAGAUUGGGUAGAAAUGGCUGUGGGAGCAUCAACUGCAGCAGCUACCCAGGGGCUUAUGCCGGGACAAGGAGGCCCAGAACAGAAUAGUUGUAUAUCGUAUGACUACUUCAUGUCUGUACUAGGACAGAUGAGGAAAGCCACGGGGUCAUCAGCUGAGAGGGGGUCUGUACUUUCAGAAAUGCAGAGCACUCAAGGAAUAUGUCCUCUCUAUCAAGCAGCUCUUUGUCUUAUUGAAGAAGUUGCAAGGCUUGCAUCAGAGUAUGCAAGGACCUGCAUCAGUCCUGAAGAUAAGAAACCAAACAGUCUGGUGGUGUCAGAGAACAGUGAGGUGUUUGUAUGGGGUAGUAACAGUAGUCACCAGCUUGCAGAAGGGAGCCAAGAGAAGAUCCUCCUACCCAAGAUGGCUAUAUCCUUUGCUGAGAGUCAGCAGAUUGAAGCCGGUCAGUAUUGCACAUUUGUCAUCUCUUCGGAUGGCUCAGUGAGGGCUUGUGGGAAAGGGAGCUAUGGCAGACUAGGUCUAGGUGACUCUAACAAUCAGACACAGCUCAAGAAACUCAACUUUGAUAACAGCAUCAUCACAAGAAUAUCAUCUUCAAAGGGAUCAGAUGGCCACACCCUUGCGCUGACCUCAGAAGGUCAGGUUUUUAGCUGGGGAGAUGGUGACUAUGGCAAGCUUGGACAUGGUAACACAUUGACCCAGAAGUACCCUAAGAUUAUCAUGGGUGUACUGACUGGGAAGGUUGUGGUGUGUAUCUCUGCUGGAUACAGGCACAGUGCUUGCGUUACAGAUGACGGGCAGCUGUACACAUGGGGUGAAGGAGAUUAUGGAAGAUUAGGUCAUGGUGAUAGUAACAGUCGGAAUGUACCUACCCUUGUAAAAGACAUCAGUAAUGUUGGGAAGGUUGUGUGUGGUAGCUCCCAUACCAUAGCCGUGUCACAGGACAGUAGAACAGUAUGGUCCUUUGGUGGUGGAGACAAUGGUAAACUAGGCCAUGGAGACACCAAUAGAAUCUACAAGCCCAAGAUAAUAGAAUCAUUGAUUGGUUUAUUCAUCAAGAAGGUUGGGUGUGGUAGUCAGUCUUCAUUGGCUCUUACAUCAACAGGACAGGUGUAUGCCUGGGGCCAUGGUGCCUGCCUUGGGUGUGGAUCAUCAGAAGCCAUUUCGCUGAGACCCAAACUAGUUGAAGACCUGCAGUUUACUAGGAUUGUGGAUAUUGCCUGUGGGGACAGCCAUUGCCUAGCACUCACUCAUGAUAAUGAAGUAUAUGGUUGGGGCAACAAUGCUAUGGGUCAGUGCGGUCAGGGGCAUACUACUAGCCCCAUUACAAGGGUAAAAAAAGUGGCCAGUCUAGAAGGAGUGACCAUUCAUCAGAUAUCUGCUGGGACCUCACACAGUGUGGCAUGGACAGCGUUGCCAUCAGAUAGGCAAGUUGUAGCUUGGCAUCGUCCAUUUUGUGUUGACCUUCAAGAGGGUACUUUCUCACACCUGCGAUCGUUCAUAGAGCAUUACUGUGAGGGGUUCAGUGGAACACAGCCCCCACCCCCAUUCCCAACUUCCAGAGAGCAUCAGCAGUUUGUUUUACUCUGUCUCAAGUUACUAUGCACUCAUCUUCAGCUUGCAUUAGCAGGAGGCCUUACUGCCAGUGUGCUAGGUAACCAGGCUAGGCCAUUACGUCAUCUUCUCUUCCGUCUCAUUGAUGCCAACACACCUGCAUCAAUACAGAAGGCUGUGAGUGAUACACUCUCUAUCGGUGCACCCCUUCUGCUACCCCCACUCAGAGAGAGAAUGGAACUAUUACAUUCAUUACUACCCCAGGGACCUGAUCGCUGGGACAGCCUAUCCAAGGGACAGCGAAUGCAGCUAGGUAUUGUCCUGACGAGCCUUCAAGAAAACAUCCAUGUAGCUUCCUUACUGGGAUUCACUUCACCGUUAGAGGGGGAGCUGAGUCCACCCCUGGAGGGGGACAGUGGGAGUGGCAUGUCCAUUGGGGCUUCCCCUACUGAAGAUACUCACCUGGCUGAGGUUCUCAUGAAGACACUGCUGAGGAAUCUUGGAUAUCACACGGAGCAAGCAUUUGGUGAGCUAGAAAAGAACAGUGAUAAACGUCAACCAUCCAUUACUUGUGAAGAUGGAGCUCCACCGUCUCAUCUUAGAGAACUCUUAUCAUCACUUCAGAAACAUCUACUUGCUUACUGUCAUGCAAACAAUAGUAAUGAGGUUUCAUCCAGUGUCAGUCUGUUACACAAACACCUAUGCCUUCUUCUGCCUCAUGCUGUGGAGGUUCUACAAAGAUCUACAACUCUACUGAAGCAGAGCGGAAGCAAUGCGUCUCAGGCAGUCAGGAGCAAGCUAAGAGAUGUGCUGAUGAACUCUGCUGCAGGUUCCAUGCUGUCGCACAUUCUCCACUCCCUGCUCCUCCUACCAGUGACAGUGACACGCCCUCUUCUUCAUCAUCUCCUGGCUCUCCUACCAGAGCUUGAUAAGCUCAAUCGUCUCCUCCCUGCAGCAAGUGUCCUAGAAGAGCAGGAGAUGGAUUGGCCCAUGAGGGUUUCAUCAGACUCGCCUGAUCCCACUGCCAUGCCGUUACCCCAGCCAGUCAGAGGGUGGGUGUGGCUGGUGGACCUCGAGCGCACCUGUUCCCUGGUGAUUGGCUGGUGUCUAGGGGGUAUGCUGGCCUGGAGACCACUAUCCAAGGAGGAGAGGGAGACCAGUGGAUGGAUGGUAUCCAAACUCACGCAAAAUGGUAUGGAGAAGCAGGUUCAACAUAUAGACAAGCUUGUGAGUAAGAUGUCAGAGGCAGCCAUGCUUGGUGACGAUGACUUUGAUAUCUCUGAGCACAAGGUCCCGAAGGAAUCUUUAUCUCUCCUGGAUCUGACACUAGGGAAGAGUAGGGAACCUGGACAGUUUAUUUGGACUUCCAUGCAGGAAUAUGCUCUUAGCAGAGGUUGGGAGACAAGUGAUGAUGAUUUGGAUGAUCUUUUAGAUAGAGCAACACGCUGUCUAUUAGCAUGUCUUCUUAAACAGACUCGCUUGUUUCAUUAUGCUGCUCAGAGACCAAGGUCGACCCUUGAGGACUCCAAGAUCUUGAUUGAAAUCUACCGGACCGUGUAUCGGGUGAGACGCAAGCUGGUCACCACUAAGCUCAUGCAGAGGCAAGACACCCAAGAAGCAGAAUCAGAAUCCAUGGAUGAGUCCUCUAACCUCUCUGAUUCAGAGAGUGGUGAAAGGACUAUGUAUCCCACCGCUGCCACUGCUUCUACGUCAUCAGGGCUCUCUGUUGCAGGGGCAGCAGCGGCUACAGUCAUCACUUACAGCCCCAGGACAAAGUCAUUUGUGCGCAAGAAAACUGAGCACCCAUCAACUUCCAGUAAUGGUCAGAACCUCAGUCUCUCAGACCUGGACAUUGACCCUGAGACAGAACCACCCAAGCCUGACCCCAGCAACACGGACGAUGAUGAAGAUACAGUCAGGGAAGAAGACCCAGAGCGUAGGGAUUCCUCGAAGGCUGCCCCGAAGCAGACCUACUUCAGCUUCAGUGAGGCCUGCAAGUCGUUGAUUGAGAGAUGUAUGUUCCUCAUCCUAGGUGUUAGUCCUGCCAUGUUGGAGAAUGGUCAUCAGAGUGUAUUACCAGAUUUUGAUAAGACAGGAAAAUCAGAGGACAAGAAUGGAACCACGAAAACUGAGGAAAAGAUGAAGUCUUCAGAAUUUGGUACCUCAAGCCAAGAUGGAAGCAAACUCUUCAGUGAUUUAGAUAACAGAUCUCCAUUGAAGAGCAGCGCCUCAUGUCAUUCAAGCAAACAUCAAAAUUGCCUAUCUUGCCUUAGAAACAUCUGCACGGAAGCAGUGAAUUUUGUAUGUCAGGAAUUCUCUCCUGCUCAAAUGAAUCGGGAGGAAGAGGAGCUUCUCUACUGUACUGACCCCAACACGGUGGCACUGGCCCUCCAGAAUCAACAGUAUAGAGCAGAGACACGGUUCGAUGCCUUGAACCAGAUUCUUGCCCUUCUCCAUGGCAACCAAGAUGACAAAACCAAGGAGACUCCAGAGGGCAGUGUUGAGAGCCCAUUCAGUUCUCUGUGUCUCCUCACGUCAGCUCACUUUCAGUUUAUGCUUGGUGCCUUUGGCUUGGACACACUGGACCAGUGCAAUAGGGACACGUCCCGAACUAUGCAGCUUUAUCAUUAUAGUGACGGCAUUAGAUCUGCCACAAGAUCCACUCAAGACCAGAUCAGGGCAGUUGCUCAUCGGAUUUGCAAUCAUCUUGUUACAGUGCUAGCAGAAAGAGCUUCAGAAAUGAUGGCAAAGAAAAGUGCCCAACACAGACUGACCCUUGCCACUGUCUUUGCCCUGAGUGUUAAGUACCACCCCGCUGACAUCUGUCUGGCCAUAUCUAGUGGUAUCCUACCCCUCUUGGCUGAUCUCUGUGGUGGUAAAUCAGCCCUAGCUCGCCCCAUCCAUCCAUCACUCAUUGGUCUUCAGCUACCAGGAGGUACUCCUCCAACCCUUAGGAUUCUCCAGGUGGCAAGCAUGAGACUGCUUCAGGUGCUAGCCAUUACCGCAGGAACAUAUGCCGAGCAGCUUGACAACAAAAUUGUCCAAUCAGUUGUUGAUCUGCUUUGGGAUCAGCUAGACAGUCUGAUGUCCCUAGCCAUAACCGACCCUCAUUUGACCUCAGGUCGGAGGUCAAAGUCUAAUUCACUCACAGAGACACAUUCUUUGAAAAGUGAAUCCAAAUCUUCCAAGUCAUCCAAAGAUAAAGAGCAUAAGGUUGGGAGACGCACCAGGCAGGCUGCUCAGAAUGCCCUUGGAGACUUCUUGGUGUUUUUACGACGAGUCUCUAGCUGUGGAGUGGUACAGGCCAAGAUGGCUGACAGCGGAUGGACAGAUAUCCUAUUGGCUAUUGUCGGACAUCAUCCGCAGUCAGGUCUUCCUCGGAUUGAGAAUGUAAGAACAAGACUUCUAGCACUACAUCUACUUGAAACUGUCUUACCUGCACUCAACACAAACAAUAGAGGGCAGCAAAUUCAAGUCAUUGAACAGCUGAUGACCAACAUCUCAAAUAGCAUGUGGUCAGCACCCCUCGCUAGCGCCCGUCACUGUGCCAACCGCAUUCAGAGUGCCCUUGCAAGACAGCGAUCAGCUUCCACAUCCUCCUCUGAUGCAGGACGGCCCGAAAGCAACCAGAGAGCGCUCCCAUUCACCAAGAAGAGUCUGACAGACACGACAACGAUCAACAGCAACAGCUGCUGGAUGAACAUCAGUCUUGCGGAUGCUCCAUCAGAUGAUGAUGAUGACGAUGAUGGCCUUAUUCUGCAAGAUGCUGUCUUUGACCCUGAUAAGACGGUCUGCUGCAGCGUUGAGAACAGCCACACCCUUGUACAUGGUUCAGGUGGGAGAGGGUAUGGGUUAGGAGCCACAGGAAUAACUGCUGGAUGCUACCAAUGGAAGUUCAAUAUCGUGAAGGAGAACAAAGGCAAUGAAGGAACCUGUGUGGGUGUCUCCCGCUACCCUGUCAGGGACUUCAGCCACCGCACCACGUCAGACAUGUGGCUCUACCGGGCAUACAGUGGUAAUCUCUACCACAAUGGAGAGCAUACCCUGACACUACCAGGGUUCACCCAGGGGGAUCAUGUCACAUGUGUACUGGACAUGGAGGCUAGGACUGUGUCUUUUGGCAAGAAUGGAGAGGAACCUCGUUUGGCCUUUGAUGACAUUGAAGCCACUGAGCUCUACCCAGUGGUCAUGUUCUACAGCAGUAAUCCUGGUGAAAAGGUCAAGAUCUGUGAUAUGCAGGUCAGGGGGGCACCUCGUGACCUCUACCCCGGUGACCCUCUCUGUGCCCCUAUGACCUCCAUCCUGUCCGAAUCACACAUCUCAUUGGUCAAUUGGCUUCAUCGGAAUGACCAGUGGCGCGACGUUGUCAAUUCUUGCCUCCUUGACCGCCUCAAGUCAAUUGGUCAAGUCUUGGGUCAUCUCCAUGGCGAUACUACUUCAGGUAGAGGGGAGGCUAGAAGUAGGAGUCAUUCAAAAGGAAAUAAGGAUACCAAGAAAACGGAUAAAUUAAAAGAGGAUGACACAAAAGUAACAGAAAAGACUAAGGGUGGGUCUGAAGAAACUGACAAAUCAUUGGAAAUGGUUAGAAAAGAAGACAGAGGCAAGGAGGAUUUGAAGGAGAUGGAGGUUGUUCAAACUGAGCAGAACAGUAAUAAGAAUAGUGAGAUGGUACCUACUAUGCAAACAAUAAACUCAGGAAAGAGUGAAGAGGUGAAAAGGGAGGAAGUAAUGGAAUAUGAUAUCCCAUCAGUGUCAGAUAAGAUUGAAGGAAGGAAGGAUUCAUUGAAGGAUGGAGAGAAGGAUAAAAAGGAAGAUGAUGCAAAGGAUGUACCAUCAGCUUUCAUGGAUGACAAGAAGAAUGAGACUCAAAUUCAAAUUUCUCCCUUGCCAGGUCUUGAGGAUAUGUGUCAGCAUGUCUGGCCAGCCUUGGCCAUCAUUGGUGGUAUCGAUAGAGGUCUACGGAUGGGAGGGCGUUGUAUCCAUCGACAGACGUCGAGGGAGGCGGUCCUUCUGGGCGUGGCCAAGGUCGGUAACUCCUCCGCCAAGGUACAGUGGGAAGAUGGUGAUGCCAAUAUCAGUGACAGUGCAAUAUCCAACUUGGAACCUGUGAUACCCAUGACCUUUGACACAGGUCGAUUGCAAGGUUUGACCCCAUCCCUUCUCUCCAACCUAGCCCUCCUCUCUGGUCUAGCAGAGGAGACUCCAAAGACUUCCCCAAGGGAAGGGGGAGCAAGACAAGAUGGGGCAAAGGGUAAUAAAGGAAAAGAUGCAGUGAGGGAGGGCAAAGAAGAAGAGAGGAAGGAAGAAAAGGAACAGGAGAUUCUUGAAAGGUCAUUAGAUGAGGAUAUAGCUAAAGCAAUGGAUGAUGAAUUGCAGAAUGGAGAUGCUACCCAAACCCCCAAAUCAACUGAUCCACCUGUAGAUGAGACAGCAUCUGCUUCCAAGACUUCCUCGCCAGUACCUGAUGAAGUUGGGGCGAUCAGUUCACCCUUGGCAGUCUCUGAGCAGGACAAUGGAGAUGUUUCUGCUACUGAUGAUGCCAAGGCUGCUGCUGCUGCUGCUGGCUCUGAUUCUGUGACAACAGAGAUGGUAGAGGAAAUGCUUCAGAGCAUCACAGAAGAUCUUCAAGCCAUGUCCUGUCAGGAAACAACACCUGACAGCACCCAAGUGACCGAUGCCAUCGCCGCCUCAGGUGAUAUCCCCAAGACGGACAAUCAUGCAGCAAUUGCAGCAGCUCCUCCUGAGAUCUCGGUCUCCAUGUCCAUCAGUACUUGCACCAUUCAACUCACUCAACCUGCGGGCAAUGACAACAACACUGCAACGUCAUCUGCAACAAACGUCUUGGCUCCUCCUGCUGUGACCCAACCAGCAGCAAAACCUUCAAGAACAGAACCAGUAAAUAUUUCAGCAAACAAUGGUGUUGGAGAGGCAGGACCAACUAGUGACCGCCGAGGAAGUGCGAUAUCCAAAUCAAUAGAUCCAAUCGAACAGGCACAGCUGGAAAUGAAGCAGGUUAUGCUAGCUCUUGUUAGGGUCAAUGCGAUGAAGUCUUUGGGGACCAUCAUAGGAUGCAGCAAGUAUGCUGAAAUGCUUCUUGUCCCAAAGAUGGAAACUAGUAACAAAUCUGUGAAGCGGCAAAACAGCAAAGAGAAAUCAUCCACCCAGUCAACGUCCACAUCUUCCACCUCAAGGCCACCAAGCCCUAAGUCAUUGGACGGUGACGAUCCUCCAAAGAGUGGGGAAUGCCUAGAGGAGUUAAGGAGUACCCUUCGGUCCAUCAUGAGACGGCUGGUCAAACAAGCUGUUAUGCCAUCGCCCAUCAAACGUGUUGUUUCUAUUGCUGAACUAGAGAGGGCGCAAGCCAUGUUGGUGAAAGUAACAGCCCAAUCUCCGUUUGCUGUCGAAGAUGGUGAAGAAAGGGGAACAAAUGAAGCAGCACUACCGGCAUCAGCUUCUUCCAAGCCAUCCCAAACCCCACCCCAAGACUCUCUCCUCCCCCAGGGGGAUAGCAAUGACCAAUCACAGGACGAAGGCCUGUCCCUUGCUCCGGUCUCCGCCCCACCCACACCAUCAUCCUCCAUUCCUCCUCGGAGAUUGAGGAGGAUUACUCGUAACAAUGGCACCCUGACUCUAAGACGUCAACCCAGAGGGCCUCCUAGGGUUCCUGCUGACACGCCCCCACCGUCACCAGAUCCAUGUGAAUCUGCAAGAGAAACGGCUGCAGCAGCGAGCAGGGCAGCUGCCAGACGAGCUGCAUCUCCUCCUCCCCCUCCUAUCGCUGGUCCUCUACUGGAGAUGGGUUUCACUAUACAGCAUAUCCAGAAAGCAAUGGAAGUCACUGGGACAAGGGGAGAGCUUGACCCGGAACGCAUCACUGUCCUUGCAACUUGGAUGUUGGAGCAUCCUCACACGGCUGAGCCAGAUCCUGAGGAGGAAGAGGAAGAAGAAGGCAUCGAUGAUAGUGAAAUCUUGACAGGUGCAACUGUUGGGUUGAACUCCACUUCACUUUCAGUUGAAGAAACAGCUAAUACUGAUGCCAUGGGUGUUUCAACUGACAGAGAGAAUGGAUUAGAUGCAGGCAUUGAGGAAUCUAUCUUCAUGGUCGACGAGGCUGGCAUCACACCUGCCAUAACUACAGAACGUCCUCCAUCCCGUCUGGAGAGGUAUAGAGCAGUAGCUGACCUGUCAUCACUGGCCAAUGCUAUGGCGAGGAGUCUAGAUACACCGAGUGUUCCAUAUCAAGAUCUGAUGGGAGUUGGAGGUGGCCUCCUGUCAAGUGCCUUUCCUCAGAACCUACCUGACGUGACUGUCUUUGAUAACGAGGACAUGGACUUGGAUGAUGACCAGACUAACACACUCCUUGCUGAAAUCACAUCUGAAACAGAUCUACUUGGACAGUGGUAUGAGGAGCUGUCACAUGUUAGCUCUGCUCAGGUGACCUGUGAGCUCUGUAAUACCAUGGUGACUUGGUUCAACCGUCACAUGCACCAGCAUCACCCUGGCUGCGGCAAGAGCUGCGGUCACAUGGGAUACCGUAGCAAUGGCUCCUACGUUGAUGGUUGGUUUGGAGGGGCUUGUGGGACGGGUACACCCUACUACUUGCUGUGCCAAGACUGCAGGCAGAAGUACCUUCAGGGAAAACCUUCGCAGCAAUCACCUGUCGCUGUUGACUUGGGUGUAGGAGCAGAUGCUGGAGCUGAUGGUAAGUCAACAGCCAAUCAAAAUGAGACUGGUCAUCUUGGAGUUGAUGAAGAUCUGCUUCUAUCUGGCCAAGAGAACUUUGAACAGGUCAUGCAUCGUCUUGGUCUGACUGAUAACAGGCCAAUUCCAUCAGCUCUUGACUUCUCAGAACAAGACCCACUCGGGGCCAAGGCCUGCUGUGAUUGUAAAGGACAGACCAGCUCUGGCAGUGCACAGCAAAAUGAUGCAACCAGUUUCCCGAGCAUCAAUGGACAACCAUGCAGAAUGUCUUUAGGGGAGCAGGUGUCUAUCUUACUGACACCCCAGGAGAGAGGAGUAGCACUAAGAAAGGUUGCUGCAGCUUCCCAAGUUCUUCUUGCACGGUCAAUGGUGAUGAGAGCUCUUUCGUUGUUGUCUGUCAGUGGGUCAGCAUGCAAUCUCUCUGAAGGACUGGAGAGACUAGGCCUCGCUGACAUUCGUCUUGUUGUCCGUCUCAUGUGCCUGGCCGCAGCAGGCCGAGCUGAUUUCACCUCGAUGUCAACCUCAUACCCUGACACCAGCUUCUCUCAAACUCAGUACUACCCCAGUCCCUCAUCGACCACCAGUUUAGUAGUGGAUGCUAUCAGUCAUAGUUCUCCGACAUCUAGUCUCUCGUACCUCAGCUCGGCCAUAGGAGCUCUGGUCUUGAGCAAUCCUAGUGCUGCCAAACUGCUUGUUCAGUUAUGUACAAAGGAUCUGUUAUCGGCUGCCUGUGGUUUAAACAUUGCAGCUAUAGACACUAGACGAGUUACCAUGGCAACAGAGGACCCUGGAAGCUCAGAUCAGAGGGCGUUAUCCUCGCCAAGUUUUGCCGUAACCAAGGCUCUUGUUGCUCUGUUAGCCAAGAGUUCACCAUCUACAACAAAGUCUCAUGGAGCAAGUGACAGUAAAGAUGCCAAACCAAAGUCCAAUCCUCUACUGCUUGCCAAUGCCCUAGCGGCCUGCUGCCUGUCAAGUCGUCUAGCCAGUGAACAUCGUCAGUGGGCAGCCCAGCAGCUGGUCAAGGCUCUAGCCGGCAAGGCCAAGGAAGAUACAGGAUCCAGGGGUCCCCAGUCCCUCCCCAUGGUGGCCGAUGUCCAAGGAGAGCUACCUCAGUGCCCAGUGGAGAAGGUAGAGGCUCAUACAGCACCCCUGACAGCCAGCAGGUGGAAUUCCAAGAAGGCUCUUCUAGCAACAUGUGGUCGAGAUGGGCGUGUCCGCACCUGGAGUCUGACCCCCUCCUCCCACCCCUUACCCCAGCAGAUAUGCACCUUCUCUGCCACCGAGGACCAGAUUGCAAUCCUGAAGGGGCGCUACCCAGAUGGACUGCCCCUCUCAAACUUCUGCUGGACUCCCAGUGGUCGCAUUAUGGCCGGCUCUGUUGACAACCUGGUCAAUAUUUGGUUUACCACAGGUGGGCGUGGUCACUUAGACAUCCAACCCCAGUUGGUAACAUCCCUGACCUGGCCUCUUCAUAAAGGUCUACUAGAGGGUAGAGCUGGUACUACCACUGAUAUGCUGGUGGUAGGGAGGGCCGAUGGUUCUCUUGGUCUGAUUGAGAUCCUAGAUCAUACUACCUUUCAUCGGGUAGAGCUGGAGCAGUGCUAUAGACUGGGAGUUGCUGUUACCUGCCUAGCAUGGUAUGAUGAAGACCAUCGGUUUGCUGUAGGAUACUCUGACGGUCAGCUUGCUUUCUGCAGUAGAGAUACCUUCGAUCCAGAACCAUCAUUUGUUCUAGAAGCUCAUGAGAACCAAGUACUAUGUGUGGAGUGGAACACUACGGGUCAUCUCCUGGCCAGCUGUGCAGCAGGAGAUGCGGUCAAGAUCUGGCUUCAGACAGGAAAGCAGCCGAGCUGUCUUUUUGAGCUUCAGCUCCCAUCCUGUCCCCUGGUCUCUACCUUGGAAUGGUGCUUGCUCAGCCCUCAUCUUAGCAACCCUAAUUUCAUUCUUGCCAUUGGUUGUGUAACAGGUAGUCUUCAUGUGUGGAGGAUACCAUAUCAGAGCCGUAUGGACAUACCAACACCUAUAGGAUCUAGACCUAGACAGUUCUUAGAACCACUCACACCAGCCUCACCAGCUCAGGAUAAGAGCAGUGUUGCAGAUGAAAAGCCCAAAGAGUUGAUAGUGGUCAAAGGUCACUCUGGGGUCAUUACACAUUUGACCUUUAGCCAAGAUGGUCUGUUGUUAGCAUCAGGGUGUUCAGAAGGCCUUGUGAAUGUAUGGGCAUUACAUGAGGGUGCUGUUCUACACACCUUCAAGGGAGACGGCCCUGUCCAGGAUCUAUCCUGGACAUCUAACGCCAGUUUGGCCUUCUGCUCAGCCAAGUCCCGUUUCUUAACAAUUGGUGUGUGCUCUGAGGACUGGUACCUCAAGCACCGGGUAUACGCUGCAUGCCGUAUGGCACUGGUCUCUCAGGGCAUUGUAGGGCUGCAUCAGGCACCGUUCCUACGUGCUUUCCUGGAGAGACUGCCCAUGAUCCUACAGACACAGUACUCAGCUGAGAAGGGACAAGUUUUGAGAGGGGAUCAGCUUGUCCACAGCAGCUUCCUCCAGUGUCUCGCUGCCCUUGCUCUUGCCCUCAACCUGGGCCAUGCUCUGUACCUCCACCCUCGCCCACCCCACCUUACCCUGGAAGACGACACCCCUAUACUGCCAGAAUGGAACUGGCUAUCCUCAUUCUGCACUGCAAUGAAAUCGGCCACUGCACUCAUGCAGAGGGAGGGAAUGCCCCCAGAGUUUGUGGUGCCCAACAUGGAGUUACUUCAGGCCGGUGAGAGGCCGAGGCCGACGGUGAACAGUGAGUGGUCCUUGACUAUGGAUCAGCAGAUCAUGUCAUGGGCAAUGCAGAAACCUGAGGAUUGGCAGCUAGGAGGACGUUGUGAGGUAUUUGUCUGGGGAAGUGGUAGGCAGGGACAACUAGCAGAGACUGGUCGAGGUACAGCCACACCUAACCUUGUCACCUCAUUCUCAUCAGCACAGCAAGUAAUCCUAGGUCAGAACUGUACCUUUGUGAUUCAUUCUAAUGGGACAGUGUCAGCCUGUGGUGAAGGAAGCUAUGGAAGGCUAGGACAAGGAAACUCAGAUGAUCUUCAUACUCUCACUGUCAUAUCAGCUCUACAAGGUUUUGUGGUGACCCAGCUUGUCACAUCAUGUGGUUCAGACGGUCACUCUAUGGCUUUGACUGAGAGUGGAGAAGUGUUCAGCUGGGGGGAUGGUGACUAUGGAAAGCUAGGACAUGGUAAUAGUGAUAGGCAGAGGAGACCAAGACAAGUAGAAGCGCUGCAAGGAGAGGAGAUAAGUCAGAUGGCGUGUGGUUUCAAGCAUUCUGCUGUGGUGACAUCAGAUGGGAAACUCUUCACAUUUGGUAAUGGAGACUACGGUCGUCUUGGACAUGGUAACACAUCUAACAAGAAGACUCCUGAACCUGUCAUAGCCUUAGGCCAGUCAGUGGGUCAGGUAUCAUGUGGCAUGAACCAUACCUUAUGUGUGUCAGCCGAUGGUAAUAUCGUAUGGGCGUUUGGUGAUGGUGAUUACGGCAAGCUUGGACUGGGUAACUCUACAGCCAAGUCUUAUCCACAGAGGAUUGAAACCUUAUGCAACAUUGGUGUAAAGAAGGUUUGCUGUGGCACUCAGUACUCUGUUGCUCUCACAAAGGAUGGUAGAGUCUUCACAUUUGGUCAAGAUCGUCUGACAGGUCUCCCAGAGAACAGGGCCCGUCUGGCGAACCGACCCCAGCAGGUCCUAGCCCUAGCAGGGUUCUUCGUAGAGGAUAUUGCAGUAGGAUCAGAACACACCCUGGCCCUCACUAGCACUGGUGAUGUCUGGGGGUGGGGUAGUAAUAGCGAUGGUCAGCUAGGGUUGGGUCACUUCAACACGGUCAGGGAGCCCGUCCUGGUUGGUUCAUUGCAAGGGAAAAACAUCCAGCAGAUUUCUGCAGGGCGGAGCCACUCUGCUGCCUGGACAGCACCCCCAGUACCCCGUUGCAGCCCUGGUACCCCUGCUCCCUUGCAGCUUGGUCUACCUGAUCGUAUCCCAACUCAGUAUACUGCCCUCAAGGAUUGUAGUCCUGGUAGUGUCAGGGCUCGUCUCAGACUCCUUCAUCACUUCAGUGAUCUUAUGUAUUCAUCAUGGAGAUUACUCAAUCUAGAUCCAGCUCAGCACAUAACUCUAGGUCCUUAUGGAGCUGGUAUCUCUGGCUUGAUGGAUGGCUCUCUGCGGCCGUUAUUGGCGCCCAGGGUCUACACCCUCCCCAUGGUGAGGGCUAUUGGUAGGACCAUGGUACAAGGCAAGAAUUAUGGCCCUCAAGUAACCGUCAAGAGAUUAGCAACAAGGGGACGGAAGUGCAAACCCAUCUUUGUGCAGAUAGCCAAGCAGGUUGUACGACUGAAGCCAGCCGAUCUGAGGCUUCCUGCUAGAGCUUGGAAGGUUAAACUAGUAGGAGAGGGUGCUGAUGAUGCAGGAGGGGUGUUUGAUGAUACCAUCACAGAGAUGUGUCAGGAGCUGGAGUCUGGGACCGUAGGUCUUCUCAUCCCGACACCAAAUGCUGUCUCGGAGACGGGGAGUAACAGGGAUAGAUUCUUGCUGAGCCCUUCUGCCAGCUCCGAGGAGCAGCUAUCUCUAUUCAAGUUCCUUGGUAUCUUGUUUGGAGUAGCCAUUAGAACAAAGAAACCUCUUGAUCUUCAUCUUGCUCCUGUGGUCUGGAAACAACUGGUAGGGAUACCCCUUACUACACAAGACUUGGAAGAGGUGGAUUUUCUUAAUGUGCAGAAUCUGCGAAACAUCAGUGAUAUUGACAAGAGUGGAGUAAAUGAAGAUAACUUUCAUGAGGUGAUUCCCCUUGAGAGGUUUGAAGGCCAGAGUGCAGAUGGAAGGUUUGUUCCCGUUGUACCAGGGGGCUGGAGUAUCCCUCUCACAUUCAGUAACAGGAAGGAAUACGUUGAGAGGGCUCUGGCAUACAGACUUCAUGAACUCGACAGACAGGUGGCUGCUGUAAGAGAAGGCAUGUCAUGGAUCAUACCAAUACCACUCCUCUCACUCCUGACAUAUCGCCAGCUGGAACAGAUGGUUUGUGGGAUGCCUGUCAUCUCAGUCGAUAUCCUCAAGAGAGUUGUGAGAUACCGUGAGAUUGACGAACAUCAUCCCUUGGUCCAGUGGCUUUGGCAGACUCUAGAACAGUUCACCAAUGAAGAACGGGUCCUCUUCAUGCGCUUUGUGUCUGGACGUUCCCGCCUCCCAGCAAACAUUGCAGACAUCUCUCAGCGCUUUCAAAUCAUGAAAGUGGACAGGUCUGUUGAUGGACUCCCUACUGCCCAGACCUGUUUCUUUCAGCUUCGUAUUCCACCCUACUCAAGUCAAGCCAUCAUGGCAGAAAGACUACGCUAUGCCAUCCAUAACUGCCGCUCCAUCGACAUGGACAACUACAUGCUCUCCAGGAACACAGAUGCUGCAAACCUAUCUGAUGGAGAGAUGUAGGGAGUGUGUUCCUCAGAUGGCCUUUGGCAGUAGGACAAUAUAUCUAUUGCUUUCAAGAAACAUGAACACAGCCGAUUUUCAGAUCAUGAAGUGUACAUGUAAGAUGGUCUGACAGUUUAGAAAUAAGAUCAAUUGCUGCAGAAAAACUAAGAUGUUUCAAAGCUAAACACUCUCAAUGAUUUAGAUGGUGCAGUGUACAUGUAGAGUAUUCUCUAAAGAUAUUCUGACACUGUGACAAGCGCAUCCUUUGCAGUCGAGAAACCCAACAUUGCAAGCUUGUCUGAUGGUGAGAUGUAGGUGAGCUCCUAAGGUGCUCUUUGUAGGUUGGACAAUACAUGUACUGUUGUCUAGACACCUGGACACUGCCAGUUAUUCAGAUGGUGCAGUAUUCUGUAAAGACAUUCUGAUAGUUGAUAAGCACAUCCACUAUUUCUGAGAAACCCAGAUGCUGCAACUUGUUCAGUGAUGACAUUCUAUGGCCCUGCCAAUUUUUCUCAAGAUUGUUAGAAAACUGGAUGCCAUUAAUUCAUCAGAUUGUAAGCUUGGUAAUUUAUGGACAUGAGUAGAUCUGUUUUUCUUGCCAUUGUGACAUGUGUUAGUUGUAUAUAAUUAUCACCUGAAUGCUGUAGACCAGGCAAUGAGAUUAAGUUAUUUUCCAAAGACAACAAUUUGAAAAAGUGUCAACAUUUUCUGUUAUGUAUUGUGUGGUAAGAGGUUUGGUGGUGCAAGAUUACUUGAUGUCAAUGUGCAAGAGAGAAUAUUUAUUUUGGGAUGAUACAAGUCAAAUAUCAGCCCACUUGCUAGGUUUUUUGGACAUUGCAAGGCUUAUAUAAAUUGGACUUGUAUUUUUUAAUAAGUUUUUAUUACUUUUGCUGAAGUAAUUGCAUUAAAAAGUGUGUGAGCUUUACUUGCAUGUUUUCUUUAUGCUUGUCUGGCAUGUAACAGUACAUGAUAUUUCUACGUUUACACAGUCAUGUAUUUUAUAUUAGUCACAAAUGAUAUGGCUUGCAUCUGAAAAAAAAAGAAGCUCAUUUGUCAUUAAAUUGAUUUUUCAUGCCCAAAUGAAAACAUACAGUUUAUCUGUGUAUGUACUUGUACAUGUGCAGUUUAUCACAAAACAGUUGAGGAAAAAACAAUGAUACUAUCGGAAGAAUAGUUGAGAUAGGACAUACAUGUACACUGUAUGGUUCCAUUCAAGUUGUAUAAUGAAAAGAGGUAAUUCUAUAUUCGCUACAUGAACAGUACUCUAAAUGUUUUGUUGAGGAGAGAAAUAUACUGUAUAUCUUUGAUUUAUAAUGAUAUUGUAUGUGUAAUAUGUAUUUAAGGGAAUUGAAUGCUGCUUUGCCAUUAUUAUUAGGAAUUGUUUCUUAUUAGCAGGGAGCUUCAGGGAUCAACUAGUGUUUAUUUGUUAGGUUGGCUAACCAUUUCAAUCAAAGUAGACCUAACUAUAUUUCAGGGUGUAUUUGAGCAGUUCACUCCGGCUAGAAUCAUAAACACGAAUCACAAAUAAAAAACACAUAAAGAAAAUAUGCAGGAUAGCAUUUUGGCAGGAUUUUAUCAAAGCUGAUUCAGCUUCAUUUCAAGCCUACCCCUUUCUAUGCAGGCCAGUCAGCGACAUCAUGAAUCCAUGAUCUGGAUUUUUGUUGACCUGUAGCAAUUUGACUGGUUCUACAAAUCAUCUUUCUGAUGGUUAUAUGUUUGUAUUUUGACAGACAUUAUUUUCACAAAUGAACAAGAAAUUGCCUGAGUGCUCCCAUGGUUUAAAUCAAACCUUUGAAACUCUUUAUCAAGUGGUACAAAAGUGAAAACACAAAUAUUGGUAUAUCAGUGAACAUAACACAAUAUGAAUAAGAAACUUACCAGAUUAGUUACAUCUAAAGAAGUUGUGAAAUAGAUGGUCUGUGUAACAUUUUUUGAAUUUUUUUUUUUACUUUGUAUUUUCAGAUGAAGAAAAGAAUAUAGCAAACAAAAAAUAUUGGUGAAAUACGAAGAUAAUUAUGUGCAAUGAAUAUAGGUACUUAGUUUUGUUCAUAUACAGGAAAAAAAAAUCUUUGUUGCUGUACAUUCAUAUGUUCCAGAUUCGAGGAAAAGUCUGUAAGGAAGAAAUUCUAUAUCUGUAUAAAUCUUGAACUAUUGCAAAUGUUACAUUUUGAGAAGAGAAAUAGGUAUAACAGUGUAUUCUUCAUAUCAGGGUUAUUCAAUUGAUCGCCCAAUAUUUUUUAUUUGGUUUGUUCUAUAUUUUCUUAUACAAGUAUAUAUAUACUUGCAAGUUUAGUAGAAAUAGAUAGAAAGAAACUGAUUGAUAGAACGAUAUAUCCAGAUAUAUUCCUUGAAUGCACUGAGUGAUGGAAGUCACAGUCCGAGCACCUCAGAAUAGAUUUUUCGUUAUCGAUAGACGGCACUUGAUAAAUACCCGUUAUCAUAAUUAUUAGGUGCAUACUGCAUAUGUACACUGUACGUAGAUAGAUUGAUAGAUAAAUUAUUGUUGUGAAUUUUAUUGUUUGUUAAUUGAAACAUUGCAAAAAAAAAUUGUGCCCCCAUUAUGAUUAGAAACGGGAACUAUUUGUCCUGGUCUUUCAGUACUCUGUUUUUCAGUAUUCAAGGCUGUGUGCUCUUCAUUGAUUAAGAAUGAUUUUUUUUGCAACAAAAGAACUUGAAUAUAUUUGAUUUGAUAUAAUUAUGAUUCUUGAUUUUUGCAAUCAACUGGUCAACCUUUGUGAAACUUGGUCAUGAGACGCAGUGAAGUUUUGUGAAACUUGGUCAUGAGACGUACUGAAGUUUUUUGCACAAUAUCUACACGUACAUUUGCAGGCUUAGAUAAUGGGCUAUUUAUGACAUUAGAGCUGAAUCUGUCUCCAUUCUUGGGACCAGAAGAAUUUGUGAAACUUGGCAAAUUCUACUUAGUAGAGGUAAAUAACAUGUUCCGCACUAUCUGGUCUAAAAAUAAACGCUUCCACUUUUAUUUAAGCGAUACUGAUUUGACUUUAUAAGCAGACUGAGCUAUAUUUCUGGUUAUUCCAUGUUGAUCAAAAAUAAAAGAAUACACAUCAAGUCUUGGUCUUGUUAAUCAUAUGGUUUCAUUAGAAGUGGACUCAACAGGCCCAUUUAUAGGCAUGUGUGUACAUGACUGUGCAAACAUGUCAACUUUGUAAAUUUUGAUAUUACAUACUGCGUCAGUAAUAGUUUUUUUUUUUUUUUUUUUUUGGGGGGGGGUUAAUAUCAAAAGAAAAUGAGAUGUGUAAUUGUUAAAUUCUCUGUAGAUGUUUGUAAUUCAUAUGGUCUUUCAAAUGUGACCUUUUUUUAGUUUGUGACAAAUAAUUGCCUGACAGUUAUAUCCAUUUCUCAGCUUAUUGGUAAGAGUCUUUGGUAGUACUCUGAAGUGCUGUUAUAACUAUUGUCAUAAUUCUGUAAGAUAAGAGAUUGCUAUGAUUGUCGUUAAUCAGUAUUCUGAAGAUUUUCUCCUUUUUUGUCCUUAUAGGAAUUGGUUCCAGCCAAAACGUAGUAAUGCGAUUUACUGUUUUUAAUCUAUCCGUUUACAAAAUUGUUAAAUAUUUCUUUUUUAAUUGAAAUAGAUAUACUUUGCUUCAUUAUAAAUAUAAAAGGCUAUAGAACAAUAUAUUGCCCUUUAUUGAGUUAUAAAGGCUGUUGCGACAGUUUUGAUAGCUUUCUGCCUAUAUAUUUAUUGGUUGGUGUGCACAUUAUUGUUAUAUUACAUGUAUGUUUAUGUACGUCCCAUUAACCCCAAAAUAUUAUUUUGCAUGUAUUUGUAUGAUAUACCUGUAUAUACUGCCAAUAUAUCUUUAAUAUAAAUAAUGACGUGAAGAAAGUGUGUGUGCAAGUUGAGUUCUCUUGCAUGUCCAAAUGCAUGUGUUCCAGACAAUAUCAAGUCAAGAGUUUAAGAGCAUGACUUCAAGAUUUCUUUCCAAAAAAAUAUUUUGAAGUAUAUUUGUUUUUUGAAGUUUUUUAAAUGAUCCAAACAUCACAUCUUCAUACAUGUAAAUAUUGUUUGCUUAAUAUAUAUUUUCUUUGGAAGAAAGGUGAAAUAAAAAGGUUCAGAUGAUUUUUAUCUACUAUGCCAAAAUGCAUGUAAUUUUGAUUCUCUCUGCUGUAUAAACCUGCUAUGCUAAAAUGUAUAUUUGCAUGUUUCAGAGAUGAAGCAUCAAUAAAUGACAGUGAUGAUAA